CACCCAUCGCGAGCUGCCGUUCUUUGCGGACAUGGACCACGCCCUCGUGCGCGAGCCCGCGGGGGCCAAGUUCCUUCAGGCCCGCGGCCCGCCCAUCGCAUUUUGGGGGCACUUGAAGACGCCCAGCGCUUUCACGAACAGGGGGGGUAACAUCGUGAUAGGGCGCUGCGGGGGCAUUAUCCGCAAACUGAGGUCAAAGUUGCCGCAGCCCGAGCAGCGCAAGUUCUUCCACGUGGCCACGUGCCAAGAGUUGGACAUGUUGCACGGCAGGGCCUUAGCCGUGAGGCUGCGCGAGAACGACGCCGACCUCGACGACCCCAACGCAGACACAGCUGCCAAGAGGGGCGCGUCCGCCGUGCAGAAGUUGCGCAAGCAGGGCUGCAAUCAGAUGGUGGCUAGCUUGAUGAAGAUGCCCAGUUCAGAUUGGAAGGCGAAGGAUGCCUGCGUGGCCCGCGCAGCGGCUUCGCGGGCGCAGUUGGUGGAGAAGUCGAACGAAGAGCUUCGAUCAGUCGGCGCUGCCAUCCCCUCCGUCACGAGGCAGCUGGAAUCGGAGAUCCUCGGUGCGUGCAUGGAGACCUUCAACGUUUUCGAGAGAAUCGGCUCCGUGUCCGCCCGCGGAGGGGAUGUCAUCGCGCCCAUGCUCGCCUAUGCGGCCAUCGGCAUCAACUUCCGCAGGCUCAAGCGCAUGGCGUUGGCGCUGGCCUUGUUGCGCAAGGACGUUGGGAACUUCGAGCGGUUGCAGGCCUUGGCGGGCACUGUGCCAGGUUUCAAGGAGGUGCUCGGACGCGACGUCUCCGUCCAGCAAGUGUACCACGCCGUCAUGGAGGGCGACUUCGAGUUGACCGACGAG